AUGUACCCCAAACCACAGUUCUCACCCGGGACGGCUUUUUGGAUCGGCUCGCUGCUCUUCUGGCACGCAGCGCUGUGUCAUGAUAAGACACACUCACACGCCGAGGACGAGCUCUUCAAGACGCUGUUCGCCGGCUACAACAAGUGGUCCCGACCCGUGCCCAAUAUCUCCGACGUGGUCAUCGUCAAGUUCGGACUUUCCAUCGCGCAGCUAAUCGACGUGGAUGAGAAGAAUCAAAUGAUGACGACCAACGUUUGGCUCAAGCAGGAAUGGAACGACUACAAACUUCGUUGGAGGCCGUCAGAUUACGACAACGUGACGUCCAUCCGAGUUCCGUCGCAACUCAUUUGGGUUCCGGAUAUCGUCCUAUAUAAUAAUGCAGACGGUGAGUUCGCGGUGACCCACAUGACCAAAGCUCACCUCUUCCACACGGGAGCGGUACGCUGGGUCCCCCCCGCCAUCUACAAGAGCUCGUGCAGCAUCGACGUCACCUUCUUCCCGUUCGACCAGCAGAACUGCAAGAUGAAGUUCGGCUCGUGGACCUACGACAAAGCCAAAAUCGACCUGGAGCGUCUGGAGGCCUCGGUGGACCUCAACAACUACUGGGAGAGCGGCGAGUGGGCCAUCGUCAACGCGGUGGGCACCUACAACACCAAAAAGUACGACUGCUGCCACGAGAUCUACCCGGACAUCACGUACUUGUUCAUCAUUCGCCGUUUGCCGCUCUUCUACACCAUCAACUUGAUCAUCCCGUGCCUGCUCAUCUCUUGCCUGACCGUGCUGGUCUUCUACCUGCCGUCCGAUUGUGGCGAGAAGAUCACGCUGUGCAUCUCGGUGCUGCUCUCACUCACCGUCUUCCUCCUGCUCAUCACCGAGAUCAUCCCGUCCACGUCGCUGGUCAUCCCGCUUAUCGGCGAGUACCUGCUCUUCACCAUGAUCUUCGUCACGCUCUCCAUCGUCAUCACCGUCUUCGUCCUCAACGUGCACCACCGCUCGCCCAACACGCACGAGAUGCCCAAGUGGGUCCACGCCGUCUUUUUGGAGAUGGUGCCCAGGUGGCUGUUCAUGAGAAGGCCGGCGCCCAACGCCAGACGGAGGAGGUUGAUGACGGAGAGGAGGCGGGGCAGGGCGGCGGGGUGCGGGGUCAGCACCUCGGACGGGUGGAGAGCCGAGGAUUUGGAGCUGGGGACUUUGGCGUCGUAUUUCGCCUUCAGCCCGCCGUCGCCGAGGGGCCCGGAAGGAGUCGCGACCGCGUCGGACUUUACGCUAUCGCCCGCCGUGGUGCACGCGCUUGAAGGGGUGCACUACAUCGCAGACCACCUGAGGGCCGAGGACACCGAUUUUAGCGUAAAAGAAGACUGGAAGUAUGUCGCCAUGGUGAUCGACCGCAUCUUCCUGUGGAUGUUCAUCAUCGUGUGCCUGCUGGGCACUAUCGGUCUCUUCCUGCCUCCUUGGCUGGCCGGCAUGAUCUAA